AUGACACAAUCAACAACCGAUCUUUAUACGUCUAAUAUGACCAAUGAUGAGAUUGAAUUGUUAAAGCGACUUGAAGACGAGAAUCGACGCAUCGAAUAUGAUCUGAAAUCACCGGCAAGUGCAAUUCAUAAUCCGAUUGUCAACAAACGUUCGCCUGAAUUACAUCAUAAACAAGGCCGAGCUGAUUCAAUAUCCAGCGAUGUGAGCAAUUUAACAAUUGAUAGUGACGGUAAUUUUGAAAACGAAUGGAUCGUAUGGAAGAAGAUUGUCAACAAUUGGUCGAUGUAUCGAAAGAAAAAUCUGACCUGGAUUCGAGAUGUUAUUCGAUUUGGCGUACCGAUUCAUUUUCGUUCGUUACUUUGGCAAUCGAUCACCAAUGUUGAAACAUCAGAUGUCAAAGAUAAAUACGCCGAGUUUAUGAAAAUGACAUCACCAUGUGAAAAAGUUAUUCGAAGAGAUAUAUCACGUACCUAUCCUCAAUAUGACUUUUUCAAAGAAAAACAUGGUCUAGGUCAAGAAAGUUUAUUCAAUGUGAUUAAGGCUUACUCGUUGUACGAUCGGGAAGUCGGUUAUUGUCAAGGAAUUGCUUUCAUCGUUGGACUUCUACUUAUGCACAUGCCAGAAGAAGAAGCCUUUGCAGUUCUCGUUUCUAUUAUGCAAGAUUAUAAAAUGCGUGAUAUGUAUAAACCGGACAUGUUCUAUUUGGGUCUUUGUGUUUAUCAACUUGAAUGUUUAAUUCAAGAAAAUCUUCCUGAUCUUUAUCGGCAUUUUCGCUCAGAGAACAUCCAUACGUCCAUGUUUGCCUCAAGCUGGUUCAUCACUUUAUUUAGUAAUCAAUUGCCAUUGAAUCUCGUCUGUCGGACGAUGGACCUUUUUCUAAGUGAAGGUAUGGAAGUGAUCUUUCGUAUUGGUUUCGCUCUACUUGAAAUUCAUCAAACUGAAUUAAUGCUUUUAUCGAUGGAAGAUAUACUUAAGGUAACCUUUUGA